AUGGCGUAUUCAUCCCGUAUACUACAAGCCACCAUCCCAGUGUUACUCCUAUCAUUGACUGGUUUACCACUGGAUGCAAUAGGCAGUGUGUUGAAUCCUCCCGGUACACUCGAAAAGAGACUGUUAGGCCCCACCAACACCUCCAUCAACGGCGACGGUAGUCUUCAUGGCAAAAAGUAUAAGUUCUUUUACAUCGUUCCCAGUCUCGAAAUAUUAAAGUUCACACCUACCACUGGACACAAUGUGUCACGGUUGGCAUCAGUCGGUUCAGUUCCGACCACCCACCGUAAUACCUCGGACGCCAACGUACUACUGCUAGCUCCGUCCUUUGUAGCCCUUAGUGACGGUACACCAUCAAGACGGCUUGCUGAUUCUGAUCAACGUAGACUAUCUUUGGAUCUUCACAAACUACGCCACUUUGCCACGAUUGCAGGUGUACAGCAACCAAAAGCCGGAUUGGGUCAGCGACCUAAAACGCAUUCUGUAGAACGUGGUCCUUUCUCUAGUCAGCUACACAACCAAGACGAGCGACCUACGCCCUAUACCUAUCGUUCACUACUGCCGGAUACGUACCAAAGCUACAAGUCUAAUCGAUACUACAUCUACACUGAACCUAUACGUCCUCGGGGAGAUACUGGUGAUAGAGUCCAGAAUCGACAGCCUGUUGAAGAAACGUCCGAGGAUACAGUACGUCCGGUAGGAUCGGUGGUCUAUCACCGACAGGCACGUUCAUUCAACGGAACGGAUGACUAUCCGGAGCGAGAGAAGAGCGAACGCUUUAAGCGUCGAAGUGCGGUCGAUGAUAUGCUUAGCAAGAACAUUACGAUUAUAUUGGAGAAUCUCCUGAAGCGAUACGAGAACUCGCAGAUACCAACGCAUGGACAAGGUGUUCCAACCUUGGUGCAGACCAACAUACUCAUACGAAGCAUGGGUCCUGUGUCAGAGCUCGAUAUGGACUACUCGAUGGACUGCUACUUUAGACAGUACUGGCGGGACAAACGGCUCAGCUUCCACGGUCCAAUCAAAAGCCUUUCGCUCAGCAUCAAAAUGUUGGAGCGCAUCUGGCGUCCGGACACGUACUUCUACAACGGUAAGCACUCGCACGUACACACAAUCACCGUCCCCAACAAGCUGUUGCGUCUCAGCCAGGAUGGUGAGAUACUGUACUCGAUGAGGCUGACAAUAAAAGCAUCCUGCCUGAUGGAACUGCGUAGCUUCCCGAUGGAUCGUCAAUCGUGUCCGCUGGUGCUGGGAAGUUAUGCCUACUCCCGGCAGCAGUUAGUCUACCAGUGGAAGGACGAGGACUCGGUUAACUUCGUACCGGGCAUGACCCUUAGCCAGUUCGAUCUGAUGAGCUUCGGACAGAAGAACUACACGUUCAUAAGACGGGAGGGUGAAUUUUCUGUCCUGCACGUGUCGUUCAACUUGCAGCGUCACACCGGGUACUUCCUCAUACAGGUGUACGUACCGUGCAUUUUGAUUGUGGUACUGUCCUGGGUUUCGUUCUGGAUACAUCGCGAAGCGACGAGUGAUCGUGUUGGGUUGGGCAUAACGACCGUGCUGACGCUCUCGACGAUCAGUCUCGAUUCGCGAACCGAUCUGCCGAAGGUACGGUACGCUACUGCACUCGAUUGGUUUCUGCUGAUGAGUUUCUUCUACUGCAUCGCGACACUGCUCGAGUUUGCCGGUGUGCACUACUUCACCAAGGUUGGAAGUGGUGAGAUACCACUAGACGAGGAAGAAUGGGAAGAUAUGGAAGGUGUAGAAGAGAUACGAGAUUUGCCAUCCCUACAGCAACAUCUCAGUACGGCCGCUGCUAUUGAAUCACCUCGUCUGCUUGCUGCCCGCCGCCGUAGUUCGCUGAUCUGUCCCAUCUACAAUGAUCCGACGCACAUGUUCAAACCGACGUCUUCGCACCUCUCGACGAUGGAACGCACCACGCAAACAGAACCACCGAAGGAACCGACCUGGAAACAGGUAUGGCUGUGCUUUCUCGGUGACGAUCAGUUUCGACGCCGUCGUCAGCGUGAAGCAUCGGCCCGAGGUGGCGGUAAUCGGCACGUCAACAGUGUAUCGCUCAUCGACCAAGCUGCCCGAAUACUUUUCCCGAUGUCGUUCACCUUCUUCAACAUACUCUACUGGCUGGUGUACUACACCUACCAGGCCGACUUUACCUGGACGCCGCUGAAAGAGGUUUAAAGUUUUUGCAAGUAAUCGU